GGUGAUCACCAGCUCCCCAUACAGGCCAGGUCUAUAUAAAAGACAAGCCAAUUCAGUCCGAGUUAUAUAGUCAGUCACUUGCAUAUCUAAAUUAGAAAAGUAUAGUAAGUUUUACACAGAUAUACAAGGGAAGAAGAAUCAUGGCCGAUGACAUUAAAGGUCAGCUAGAGAGUGAGGUAGAACUCAAGGCCACUGCUGAACAAUUCUUCAGUUUCUGGAAAGGUCAAAUCCACCAAGCUCCCAAUCAUACCCCUUCCAAUAUACAAGCAGUUCAUGUACAUGAAGGUGAUUGGGAGACUUCAGGCUCCAUCUGGAUCUUUCACUACACCAUAGAAGGGAAGCCUGGUAUAUUCAAAGAGAGGGUGGAAGUUGAUGAAGAUAACAAGAUAGUGAAGUUUAUUGGUCUGGAAGGUGAUGUGUUCAAGAUUUACAAGGUCUACAAUGGGAUAUGGCAUAUCAAGCCCAAAAGCCAGGGAUGCUCGGCAAAAUUGAUUCUUGAAUAUGAGAAACUGAAUCCUAGUGUUCCAGCUCCACAUAUUUACAUGGAUUUUAUGAUCCGUAUUACUAAGGAGAUUGAUGAAGGCGUUGUCAAGGCAUAAUUAGUGUAUAUAUAUAUAUAUAUAUAUAAGAAGGGUGUAACCUUUCCUUAUAUUAAAAUGGGCCAUGCUUGUAAUACUAUCUUGUAAAAUUAAUAAAGCAGCUUUAGAGCUACGUGCUAGCUCAUCAUCCAGCUGUUGCUUAAAUAUUUUCUGUAACGUGAGAAUACGUGGGAGUUGUUUAUGCUUGUAAUUUUUAUAAAUUUGUGAUGUUCUCCAAGUUUAAAUCAAUAAAAGUGGGAGCCGUAAUUGCCUCUA